AUGAGCAAGGAAACGAUUACAACCAAAGUUGAGGCCUCGCGCGUAAAUGCGUUGGCCGCUGUGAGGAACUACAAGGUGUGCCCCAGGCUUGAGUACAAAACAAUUUCGGGCGUGCAGGGACCUCUAGUCAUCAUUGAAGACGUGAAAUUUCCAAAAUAUUCUGAAAUUGUGACAAUUCAUUUGAGUGACAACUCAACGAGGCAAGGGCAAAUACUGGAGGUGUGUGGAAAAAAAGCAGUUAUUCAAGUAUUCGAAGGGACGAGUGGGAUAGAUAAUAAAAAUAGUUAUGUUGAAGUAAGUGGCGAUAUAUUGAAAAUGCCAAUGAGUGAUGAAAUGCUUGGAAGGGUUUUUAAUGGUAGUGGAAAACCAAUAGACAAGGGUCCAAAUAUAUUAGCAGAUGAUUAUUUGGAUAUAAAUGGAAAUCCGAUAAAUCCACAAUGUCGUGUGUAUCCAAAAGAAAUGAUUCAAACAGGUAUUUCUACAAUUGAUGUUAUGAAUAGUAUAGUAAGAGGACAAAAAAUUCCAUUAUUUAGUGCAGCAGGAUUACCACAUAAUGAAAUAGGGGCGCAAAUAUGUAGACAAGCAUCGCUAGUACAAGGAAAAGACGUUCUAGAUCAUUCUGAUGAUAAUUUUGCAGUAGUAUUUGGUGCUAUGGGUGUUAAUAUGGAAACAGCUAGAUAUUUCCGACAAGAUUUUGAAGAAAAUGGGAAAAUGGAAAGAGUAUGCUUAUUUUUAAAUUUAGCCAACGAUCCAACUAUUGAAAGAAUAUUAACUCCAAGAAUAGCCUUAACAACGGCUGAGUACCUUGCAUUUGAGAAAGAAAUGCAUGUAUUUGUAAUAUUGACAGAUAUGUCAUCCUAUGCUGAUGCACUUAGAGAAGUAUCUUCAGCAAGGGAAGAAGUACCAGGUAGAAGAGGAUACCCUGGUUACAUGUAUAGUGACUUAUCAACAAUAUAUGAAAGAGCAGGAAGAGUAGAUGGAAGAAAUGGUAGUAUAACCCAAUUUCCUAUUCUUACUAUGCCAAACGAUGACAUCACACACCCUAUACCUGACCUCACAGGUUAUAUAACAGAAGGUCAAAUAUUUGUAGAUAGGAAUUUGUAUAACAGACAAAUUUACCCACCUAUUAAUGUACUACCAUCCCUAUCCAGACUUAUGAAAAGUGGUAUAGGACAAAACAUGACGCGAGUUGAUCACCCAUAUGUAUCCGAUCAAUUGUAUAGCAAUUAUGCUAUUGCACAAGAUGUUAAGGCAAUGAAAGCUGUUAUUGGUGAGGAGGCCUUAUCCAAUGAUGAUAUUUUAUAUUUGGAAUUUUUAGACAAAUUCGAAAAAAGAUUUAUUACACAGAACACGUACGAAUGUAGGGAUAUUUAUCAGUCUUUGGACAUCGCAUGGGAGUUGCUCAGAAUUUUCCCUGAAGACAUGUUGAAGAAGAUCAAAAGUGACAUUCUCUCCAAGUACUAUCCUCGUCACCAUGCGGGUUAA